AUGAGGAGGAACAAUCUGCUGUUGGCACUCGCCGCCGGCGCCGUCCUGGUCGCCGCUCAGAACAACAACAAUGAUGCCCAAACCACGGCCGCUGCCUCGACCAAGGCCUCGUCGGCCGCUUCGACGAAUGCCGCUACCACAGACAAGUUGACUGGAGUCUCGUCCUUUGUCAAGUCCAGCAGUACAUCAAGUGCUGCUGCCUCGUCCACCGCCAACUCCUCCAAGGCUUCUUCGGCUACCUCCAAGACCUCUGGUGCUGCAUCCAGCACUGUCGCACAUCCAUCCGACCUGCCCACCCUCGCCGGUGCCACCGUUCCCGACAUGGUCAUUCCCUUCACCGCCGACGCUCCCUUCAUGCAAAAGUCAAACGCCCCUGAGGGUACCAUCUUCAUAGCCGUGGGUGCCUGUCUUGCUUUCUUGGGCGCCGCUGUCCUGGCAUGGCGUGCAAUGGUUGCCUGGUCCAUCAACCGCUCCGUCAAGCGUGCUGCCAUGCAAAGUGUCAUGACCUCGGAUGCAAAGACCAAAUACGGCCCUGGUGGUAACCUCUACGCUAUGCCUCAAGGCUCGUCUCUCUCUCUCGAUGCUCUGACUGCUGCUGGCAAGCCCGUAUCCUCCUCGGGUGUCAAGAAGGAAAACCGCAAGAGCGCAGCACCUACCGCCGAUCCCUCCUCCCUCUUUUUCUCCCCCACCGCCGGUCAGCGCAACUCUGCCUACAUGCCCGUCAAUCAGGACCGGAACUCCACCUACUUGCCUGCUGGAUACUAUGCUACUCCCGGUGCCCAAGCCGCUGGAGGCCGUGACUCGAUGGUCCUGGGCGCCGCACCAAGCCUGCGACCCACGUCUCACCGCUUUUCUCGUGCCGAUUACUCUCCACCAUCUAGCCGAGACGGCUCUCGCCCCCGUAGCAGCAUGAACCCAAACUCGCACCAACGAACCGGUUCAAAUGCACUCCUCAACCCAUCACACCAGCUCUACAGUCAACCCAGCACGAGCAGCUUGGCCGUCGGCUUUGGCGCUCAAGACGACAACAGCAAUGUCAGCAGCAACCUACCCGCCCAACGUGCCCCCAGCGCAUACUUUGACGAUGUUCUCCACGAACACGGCAAUGGUCCUCGUGAACGCUACUAG